AUGGCAGAUUGCCUGUCGCUGGCAAGUCGCCACAUAAAGGAACAGAUUAUCUUCUCGCCAGACGGAAGAAACUUCCAGGUUGAGUAUGCUUCCAAGGCUGUUGAGAACGCCGGGACUUCUGUCGGCAUCAAGUGCAAGGAUGGUAUAGUACUCGCUGUGGAGAAGAUAUUGACAUCCAAACUGCACGUUAAAGAGAACUAUGAGAGAUCCUUGACCAUAGAUAGACACAUUGGUGUGGUUUGGUCGGGUUUGAUACCCGAUGGUAGACACCUUGUUAACAGAGGAAGAGAUGAGGCUCAAUCGUACAAGUCGCUGUACAAAGAUCCGAUCACAGUUCCUGGUCUGGUAGAUAGAUUGGGCUACUACGUCCAGAAUUACACGUGCUAUAAUUCGGUGAGACCAUUUGGAAUCAAUGCUAUUAUCGGAGGCAAGGAUGCUAGUGGAUUCCAUUUAUACAUGAUUGAGCCCAGUGGAACAUACUGGGGUUACCGUGCCAUUGCAGCUGGUAAGGGAAGACAAAUAGCAAAGUCCGAGCUGGAGAAGCUAGAUUUCGAUGACUUGGAUGUGGAGACUGGUCUGAUAGAAGCUGCUAAGAUCAUUCAUCUUGCCCACGAGGAUAACAAGGAUAGGGACUACGAAACAGAUCUCUUGGUGUGUGAUGCAUCCGGUUACUUUCACAAGCCCAGCGCGGAACAGCUGGCGAAGGUGUAUGAGGCUCUCGACAAUCUGAGUGAAGGUGACAGUGACGACAACGAGAUGGAAGAGUAA